AAACACACAGAGCGACAUUCGUCGAAUAUCACAGUUGAGCGCAAAGAAGACACCCGCGAUGGGAUCCCUCGCCAACAAAAUCGUGGCCAUGGCGGCUGUCCUUGCGGCGCUCGUCACCGGCGGCUCGUGCGCGCCCAAGAAGUUCCCGCCUGGCCCCAACAUCACAACCAACUACAACGGCCAAUGGCUCGUUGCCAGGGCCACCUGGUACGGCCAGCCCAACGGUGCCGGCCCUGACGACAAUGGCGGUGCGUGCGGGAUCAAGAACGUGAACCUGCCACCCUACAACGGCUUCACGGCCUGCGGUAACGUCCCCAUCUUCAAGGACGGCAAGGGCUGCGGCUCAUGCUACGAGGUGAGAUGCAAGGAAAUGCCGGAGUGUUCGGGCAACCCGAUCACGGUGUUCAUCACCGACAUGAACUACGAGCCCAUUGCACCCUACCACUUUGACUUCAGCGGCAAGGCCUUCGGCUCCCUGGCAAAGCCCGGGCUCAACGACAAGCUCCGCCACUGCGGCAUCAUGAACGUGGAGUUCAGGAGGGUGCGGUGCAAGCUUGGGGGCAAGAUCAUGUUCCACGUUGAGAAGGGGUCCAACCCCAACUACCUGGCCGUGCUGGUCAAGAACGUGGCGGACGACGGCAACAUCGUGCUCAUGGAACUCGAGGACAAGGCGUCGCCGGGGUUCAAGCCGAUGAAGCAAUCCUGGGGCGCCGUGUGGAGGUUUGACACACCCAAGCCGAUCAAGGGCCCCUUCUCCAUCCGCCUCACCAGCGAGUCCGGCAAGAAGCUCGUCGCCCCAAACGUCAUCCCGGCAUCCUGGAAGCCCGACACCCUCUACAACUCCAACAUCCAGUUCUAAUAGACUUUGCAUGCCCUUCAUCCGGCAGCAAGCCAAGUUGGCCGCUCAUGUUUAUUUGCACCAGAGAAUGCACCGCUAAUAAAUAGUAGUACUGAGUCUUCUGCAUUCUAGCUAGUAUGUGAUCCCUGUUGUUGUUCGGGUUCAUGAUCAAAUUCCAAACAGUGGAAAAUAAAAAGAUUGAAUAUAUGUGUCACCAUUGAUGGAUACUUCAAA